GUUCUGUCAAGUGUUGGCAUGGUUUACGAAGAGUAUGAACUCUUCUGGUUUGUUUCUACGAAAAAAAAUAAAACAAAUACAUUCUGUUUCUUUUUUACAACAAAUGCCACUCGUCAUUUCUCUUUCUCUGUCUCCGGUUUAAUUCUCCUUCCCAAAACGGGACAAAAUUGAAUAAUCAUCCGCUUCUCAUCAGUCUUCCUCCGUGUUCCAAAGUGCUUAAUGAAUUAGGGUUUUAGUUUUGAGCUGUGAUCAUCCUAUUUAAGGUUUUCGAAACCAAUCUCGUACUUAUUGGUGUUUUAUGCGUAACAAAGGCUCUAAUUCAGGAUCUGGUUUGAAAGAAUGAAUUACCUUAUUGGAGCUUUCAAGUCACCUUGUCACAUCUCUAUAAACUUUGUUGAUGGAAGAACUCGCAAGCAGGUACAAUUAAAGAAGGAAAAUGGUCAAACAGCAAUGGUUCCUCUAUUCCGAAGUCAAGAAAGCAUUGUUGGAGAGGUUGUUUUGGAACCAAUCCAAGGGAAGAAAGUCGAACAUACUGGUGUUAAAAUUGAGCUCCUUGGACAAAUAGAGCUGUACUUAGAUAGAGGAAACUUCUACGAUUUUACUUCCUUAGUCCGUGAACUGGAUGUUCCUGGUGACAUAUAUGAAAAAAAAACUUACCCCUUCGAGUUUUCAACUGUUGAAAUGCCAUAUGAGACAUACAAUGGGGUUAAUGUAAGGCUUAGGUAUAUUCUGAAAGUGACAAUCAGUCGUAGCUAUGUGAGCAACAUUGUCGAAUGUCAAGACUUUGUGGUACGCAACUUCACGCCACCCCCAUCAAUCAACAACAGCAUCAAGAUGGAAGUUGGAAUCGAAGAUUGCCUACACAUCGAGUUUGAGUACAAUAAAAGCAAGUAUCAUUUAAAGGAUGUUAUCAUUGGCAAAAUAUAUUUUCUACUUGUGAGAAUCAAGAUAAAAAAUAUGGAGCUUGAGAUCAGACGCCGAGAGUCAACAGGAUCAGGAGCUAAUACAUAUGUUGAGACAGAGACCCUUGCAAAAUUUGAGUUGAUGGAUGGCGCUCCAGUCAGAGGAGAAUCGAUUCCAGUUAGACUCUUUCUUAGUCCAUAUGAACUGACACCAACAUAUCGCAACACUAACAACAAAUUCAGUGUCAAAUACUAUUUGAAUCUUGUUCUUGUGGAUGAAGAAGACCGGCGGUAUUUCAAGCAGCAAGAAAUCAUUAUAUAUCGCCCCGAGUCAUCCUAAGUAUUCCAGCCUGAAGUAUCUUGCACCAGUCCAUCCUAAAAACAGAAAACAUACAUGAGUGCCUUCUGGGACUUCAGGUUGUAUUCUUUGAAAAGAAAAGGCUACACUCAAAUACUCGGAUGUCUUCCUUCCUAUGUUUUUAGUUGUUUGCUACUCAUAGUACAAGUUUAAUAGCCCAUAGCAUUUUGUUUUAUGGUAUGGUAUUCUUCAGUUCUAGGUGAAAAUGGAGGACAUUAGGGUGUGAGGUGGGAUUGUACAGUUGAUAGCCGGUUUGGCAUCAGAAAACCUGAAAUAAGGUUAAAAUUUGGUCAACUUUCCUGAGUUA